AGACGUUUAUUCUCGCUCUCCUUUGACCAAGAUGGCGUGGCUAACAAUUAUCGUUUACCUAAGUUUAUUUGUUUCAUCUAAUGGCGUGUUGGAUGACUUACCAAAUCUAUAUGACGUUGCUGCUAAUCUAGGAUGUGAUCGAUUCCUGAAAUUGACAGAAGAUGCGGGAAUGGCGGGUAUUUUAAACGGAACAGGGCCAAUGACAGUGUUUGCUCCAACGAAUAAUGCCAUUCAAUCUUUACCCCGGGAUGUUCUAGCCAGACUGUCCUCCGAUAAAGAUUUAUUAAAAGCAGUAUUAAGCUACCAUUUUACAACUGAUGUUUUUAAUUCAACCACAUCUAUAAAUGAAAUGUUAAUACCGUCCGAACAAGGGGCUAAUAUACGUAUUAACGCUUAUCCACAACAAAAUGACAUCGUCAUCACAGCUUCUGGUGGUGAGAUUAUUUUAAAGAAUGUUCAAGCUAAAAAUGGCGUUCUACAAGUUAUUUCAAAAGUGAUGUUUCCGCUACCUAAUGGUACUAUUUUCGAACUGGUAAACAAUGAUUUGCAUCUAAGUACACUGUUCUUAACUAUCAUUAAAGCUAGUCUGGGUUGGACAUUAUCAGCAGAUCCACCAUUAACCUUACUGGCACCAACAGAUGGUGCGUUCUCUAACUUACCUGCAGGAACUCUGACCACUUUAUUAAACGAUAUUCCAAAACUAACAGAUUUAUUAUUAUUCCAUGUGGUUGGAGGAACUUAUUACAGCGCUGGAUUAGUUAAUAAUACAUCUGUGACGGCUUUAAAUAAGGGUACAUUAAAUAUCAAAAUUUCACCAGAAAAUAAUAUUUUUGUAAAUGAUGCUAUGGUAACUACAGCAGAUGUGAGUGUUACUAAUGGCGUGGUACAUUACAUUGAUAAAGUUCUUAUUCCCCCAUCAUUCUACCACUAAUACAUAUUGCAUUUGACAAGACUCUCUCAACUUGCAAUUUUCAGAAACUGUAGGUGACAUAUUAAAGAUCAUACUGAUUUAAAAUGUCAUAUCGUUUUCAUAAUAAAGAAUA